AUGUCUGCAGUUUCGACAAUCCAACAGCGACUUAUUAAUUGUUGUUGUGAUUCUCGUGAUGAGAAUAAUGAUAAAUUAUUAUUAUUAAAAAAUAUCUUAAUUGAAAUUAAUCAACAAGAUAAACAUUAUCUAAUCGAUGUUGAAGAUGCAACUAGUCGAGCACCAUUAUUUCAUGCUAUUGAAAGUGGUCAAUCAUUAGAUUUUAUUAAACAAUUACUUGAUUUUCAAGCUCGUAUUACAAAUCGAAUAUUACUCUGUGUAAUUCGAUAUGGAAAUUUAGAUAUAUUAAAAUUAUUAAAUCAAUAUGGUGCUGAUUUUAAACAAACUUAUUAUGGUAUAUCGCUUUUACAUGAAUGUAUACUUUUACAUAAAAAUAAUCUAAUUAGUUUUGUAAUUGAAGAAGGAGGUAUCAAUCCAAAUACUGUUGAUUAUGAUAAUCAAUCCCCGUUAUUAUAUGCUAUAUUUCGUACAAAUGUCGAAGCAAUACGUAUUCUUCUUAAUUAUUCAUCUAUAGAUCCAUGUUUAAUAAGUACACGUAAACGACAAUUAACUUGUUUUCAUGUUGCUUGUGAAUUGGGUAUUGAUGAAGUACUUCCAUCAAUGAUAAAAUGUAUUUCAAUAUCAAAUAUAAAUAAAUUAUCGAAAAGUAAUCAAACACCAUUUGAUUUAUUUUUAUCAUGUUAUUUAUUUUCAAAAAAUAAUUUAUAUAUGAAGGAAAUAUCACUACAAAAAUUUUCAUUAUUAUUUGAUUUAUUCAUAUCCAAUGGUGCAAAAUUACAUCAUUUAACAAAAGCUUAUCGUCGUACACGUGCACCAUAUGUAACCAAAAUUUUAACAAUACUUUUUAAAAAACAAAUUUUAUUUUCUGAUAUUAUACUUAAAACAGAUCAUGCAACAAUUUUUGUUGAUUUAGAAUCACUUGUUUGUCAAUCAUUAGGUGAUUGGCCUUAUAUUGUUGAAUCAAAUGAUGCUAUAACAAUAAAACAACGUCAAUUAAUACUUCGACAACUUUAUGAAUUAUUUAUUACUGUUUAUUAUAAAUCAAUUAAUAUUCAAACAAUUAAUAAAAAAUUAUUAAUAAGAUAUUGUUCAGCUAAUGAUAAAGAUUCAAAAAUUAAACAAAUUUUAUGGUUAUUUAUCAAAAAUUUUAUUGAACCAACAAAAGAAAUUGGAUCGUUAAAAUCUAUAUGUAGAACAAAAAUGCUUCUAAAUAUAGAUUCAAUUGAUAAACAUUGCACAGUAUCCAAUUUAGGAGUUUCAAAAGAUCUCGAAAGUUAUCUUUUAUUUUUUACAAUGAAUUAA